AUGCCGACUCAAAUCACGCCCAACGUGUCGUUCACGAACGUGAGCAGAGAGUAUAGGUUGAAAUGGAGAGACAAAAAGGCUCUGACUGAGUGUCAAGAUGGUAUUCUUUUUUUAAAUGGUUUCUUUUUUGCGUCGUCGUCGUCAUUACGCGCGCGACUUUUAGUUUUUCUCGUACUGUAA